AUGACUCCGGCUGCACGUUGCCCUUUGGCACAUCGCCACCAUACACAGGUACUCAUCUUCCCAUCUGAACUGUUCUCCCGAAGUACCAGCAGCGGACGCCACAUACGCCGACAUCGCCAUUCAUCUUCCUUUCGGAGGGAGUCGUCCCUGAAGAAUUGCUUACGUGGAUGAUGCAUCACCUUGUCCGGACUGCUAAAACGAUGCAGAAAAGGAAGCCGCAAUUGGAUGCCCUUUUAUGA